AUGUCCGAAAGCGGCCUAACAUUCGAAACCUCCGAGGAGUGCCGCGUAGUGCCCACCUUCGCGGCCAUGGCCCUCAAAGAAGAACUCCUCCGCGGCGUCUACGCCUACGGCUUCGAAAGGCCCUCCGCAGUCCAACAGCGCGCAGUCGCGCCCAUCCUGCAGGGCCGCGACGUCGUCGUGCAGUCGCAGUCGGGGACUGGCAAGACGUGCGUGUUUUGCCUGGGGGCCCUUCAGUGCGUGGACGCGCGGGUUCGAGACCCGCAGGCGUUGUUGUUGUCUCCAACUCGAGAGCUUGCAGAACAAACUCAGAAGGUCUGUUUGGCCUUAGGAGACUAUUUGUCAGUUCAGGUUUUGUGUUGUGUGGGGGGGAGGAGACUGGGGGACGAUAUUAGGGCCUUGGAGGCGGGGGUUCAUAUUGUCUCCGGGACUCCCGGGAGGGUUUUUCAUCUUAUUGGAGACAGGCAUUUUUCGACGCGGCAUUUGAAGAUGCUCGUUUUGGAUGAAGCCGAUGAAAUGCUUAAUCGGGGGUUUAAACAGCAAGUCUACGAUAUCUACAGAUACCUCCCCCCAGCCACCCAAGUCGUGCUCAUUUCCGCUACUAUGCCCCACGAAGUGCUGGAAAUGACGACGAAGUUCAUGUCGAACCCGUUCCGCGUUUUGGUGAAGAGAGACGAACUGACGCUGGAAGGCAUUAAGCAGUUCUUCGUCGCCGUCGAAAGAGAACACUGGAAGUUCGAAACCCUCACUGACCUCUACGACACUCUCACCAUCACGCAGGCCGUGGUGUUCUGCAACACCAAAACCAAAGUCGAGUGGCUCGCGCAAAAACUCAAAGAAGCCAACUUCACCGUGAGGGUUUAG